AAAAAAGUGGUAAUAACAUGAAAAGGAAAUUUUUACAUAUGAAUGGACGGCUAAGGUUUAACCAAUCAACCUAGAGCCUCCCAGCACAAUCAUCAUCUCCAUCCUAUAUAAAAAAAUAUUUUUUUUUGUUCCCUAUACCAAACUAAGAGUACUUUCUUUUUUCUCUGUCUCUCCGAGACUCAGUUCAGGGAAUUCUGAGAAUGAAGAACGUAAUAGUUUGUAGUUGAAAAGCAAUUGUUUUUCUGGACAAGGGGCAAUAUAAGAAGAGGGAGGGGUUGGUUUGAGGUUGUGGGCUUUCUGGGUUAUUUUGGUUGUUUAGUGUUGCACUUGAAAUUGAAGAACUUUGGAAGCUCAGAAUUUUGGAUUUGGAUUUUGGGUAUUGGGUAUUGAUUGUUACUGUCAUAGUCCUUUGUAAAAGUAUAGACAUGGAUCGGUCGUUGAAGGGACUUAAUAGUUCUGUUGAUAGAGUCAGGCUAAGUGAUGAUACUGUGUUGGCCUUAUCCGGUCCGACUUUUGAUAACAAGUUUAAGAAUGAAAAUUAUGUUGAUAUUCCUCCUUUGCAACCUGCUCCAGUUCUGAGAAAUUUAACACCUUCCUUGAGCGUGAAUGAGGAAGGAGAUUCACAUGAUGAUUAUGACUUUAGUGACGUAGUUCUUAAGUACAUAAAUCAGAUGCUUAUGGAAGAAGAUAUGGAAGAUAAGACCUGCAUGUUUAAAGAGUCCUCAACAGUACUUCAAGCUGCAGAGAAAUCAUUUUAUGAGGUUCUUGGAGAAAGGUACCCACCUUCUCCCAAAUACGAAUUGAAACCUUAUACUGAUCAAAACCAAGAAAGCUCUGAUGAAAUUCGUGAUCAAAGUUGUUGGAGAUGUAGUAGUGCAAGCAUCGGUAGUAGUAGUCAUAGCUGUAGUACCUUAGUCGAUCCUGGGUGCAACCAUGAUUUUGGUGAACAAAGGUCUUUAAACUUCGCUUCUCAGGCCAAUUCUUCCCAUAGCUCAAGGAACAGUACUGGUAGUGUGGUAGACGGCUUUGUGGAUUCUCUGGUUAGUACUCUUAGGCUUCCUGUAAUAUUUAGUAAUAGCGAGUCUGUCAUGCAAUUUAGAAAGGGGUUUGAGGAAGCAAGUAGGUUCCUUCCAAAUGUUGGGAGCCUGUUUGUUGAUGUGGAGAGUGAUGGGUUGUUUCUCAAAGAGUUAAAGGAAGAGGUUAAAGAUGCGGUCAAUAAGGUGGAGAAGAAUGAGUUCUUGCAGGAGGGAUCAAGGGGAAAGAAGAACCCGUAUCCUGAGGAUGUGAAUUUAGAGAGUGGGAGGAGUAACAAGCAGUCGUUAGUUUGUACUGAAUCCACUGUUAGCCCAGAAAUGUUUGAUAAGGUGCUACUAAAUUGUCAAAGUGUAAUUGACCUUCAAAAAGCUUUGCAAAAUGAAACAAGCAAGAAUGUGCAACAGAAUGGACAAUUGAAGGGGUCUACUGGUGGAAAGACACGUGGGAAGAAGCAGGGAAGUAAAAGGAAUGUGGUGGAUUUGAGAACUCUCCUGACCCUUUGUGCACAAGCCGUUGCAGCUGAUGAUCGAAGGAGUGCAAAUGAGCUGCUGAAGCAAAUCAGGCAGCAUUCUUCACCUAUGGGUGAUGGGAUGCAGAGGAUAGCACACUAUUUUGUUGAUGGGCUAGAGGCACGAUUAGCUGGCUCUGGGACCCAGAGUUACACUGCUGUUAUCACAAAGGUAGCAUCAGCUGCUGAUAUUUUGAAAGCUUACCAUCUGUUUCUUGCUGCAUGUCCUUUUAAGAAGAUCUCAAAUUUCUUCUCAAAUAAGACAAUUAUGAAUCUAGCAGAAAAUGCAGCUAGGAUUCAUAUUAUUGAUUUUGGUAUUCUAUAUGGCUUCCAAUGGCCUUGCCUAAUACGGCGACUCUCAUCUAGACCUGGGGGUCCGCCUAAGGUAAGGAUAACAGGGAUCGAUCUUCCACAACCAGGAUUCCGCCCAGCAGAAAGGGUUGAAGAGACAGGGCGCCGUCUUGCAAACUAUGCAGAGACUUUCAAAGUUCCAUUUGAGUUCCAUGCUAUUGCACAGAAGUGGGACUCCAUUCAAAUUGAGGACCUGAGGAUAGAUACUGGUGAGGUGCUUGUUGUAAAUUGCAUUUACAGGCUUAGAAAUCUACUUGAUGAGACUGUGGUUGUGGAGAGUCCAAGGAAUAAAGUUCUGAACUUGAUCAGGAAGAUGAAUCCUGAUGUUUUCAUACUGGGGAUUGUGAAUGGUGCCUAUAAUGCUCCAUUCUUCAUUACGAGAUUCAGGGAGGCUCUCUUCCACUAUUCAACUUUAUUUGAUAUGCUUGAGACUAAUGUCCCUCGUGAAAUUCCAGAAAGGAUGCUGAUUGAGAGAGAGAUAUUUGGGUGGGAGGCAAUGAAUGUCAUUGCAUGUGAGGGCGCUGAAAGAAUUGAGAGGCCCGAGACAUACAAGCAGUGGCAGGUCCGGAAUAUGAGGGCUGGGCUCAGGCGGUUGCCACUGAAUAAGGAGAUCAUGAAGAUGGCAAAGGAGAGGGUAGAUACAUGCUAUCACAAGGACUUUGUAAUUGACGAGGAUAACCAUUGGUUGCUUCAGGGGUGGAAGGGACGAAUUCUUUAUGCACUUUCUUCUUGGGUGCCUGCCUCUUAAACGCAUAUUUGUUACUAUUCACUGAAGUCAAGGUCCUGCAAAAUCCUGUGGUUGGAUUGCAGCAUUUGGUGGUUACAAUUUAAUCAUGAAUUUUACAUAUAUGAAAGAUAAGGUUAUUUAAUAAGAUCUUUGCUGGUGCUUAUUCUCAUGCUGUCACAGAAUGAAAUCGGAGGUUGCUUACUGGUGAAUAUAUCAUGCACCAUAUUGCUUUGGCUGUUACCUUAUGGCUUGAGGUAACUACAUGGAUGUUCAUUGUACAUAAAAUGCACCAGGGAAUAACAGCAAUGGUAAUGGCUUCUACAUCUGCACAUCCUUAAUGAAAACAGCGAUGUAAUCAGAUCGAAAAGCUGCAGUUUAGGGGAAUGUGAAUGAUUUUGAAAACCUCUUCAUCAUAAAAUGAUGCUUUUUGUUGAUUUGAAUCUGUUAAGGAACUCUCUUGUUGUACGAUGGGUCUCACAUUUUCUUUAAACUAUCAACAUUCUAUCCGGGGAUUCAAGUUUGAUGUGUUUAUAGGUCGGGUUGAAUCAUAUUCAUAUUUGAUAUUAAUAGCUUAUGUAUUUGUCUAGGUUAGGUCCGAAC